CUCUCCAUUGCUCUCUAGACUUCACAAGGAACAAAAGUUCAGAGCUACAUGUUGGGGAAUCACUCCAGUGCCACUGAAUUCUAUCUCCUUGGCUUCUCUGGAUCCAGAGAACUACGCCAUAUCCUCUUUGCUACCUUCUUCUUCUUCUACUUAGUGACAUUAAUGGGUAACACAGUCAUCAUUGUGAUUGUCUGCCUGGAUAAACAUCUGCAGUCUCCCAUGUAUUUCUUCCUUGGUCAUCUCUCUGCCUUGGAGAUCCUGGUGACCACCAUUAUCAUCCCCGUGAUGCUCUGGGGGCUGCUGCUCCCUGGGAUGCAGACAAUAUCUCUGGUUGCAUGUGUCGCCCAGCUCUUCCUGUACCUUGCUCUGGGGACCACAGAGUUUGCACUGUUGGGGGCGAUGGCUGUGGACCGGUACGUGGCUGUCUGUAACCCCUUGAGAUACAACGUCAUUAUGAACAGCCGCACCUGCAACUUUGUGGUAAUUGUGUCGUGGUUGUUUGGGUUCCUUUUUCAAAUUUGGCCAGUUUAUGCCACAUUUCAGCUUUCCUACUGCAAAUCAAAUGUGGUGGACAAUUUUUUCUGCGACCGAGGGCAAUUGCUCAAACUAUCCUGUGGUAAUACUCUUUUCAUGGAAUUCAUCCUCUUCUUAAUGGCUGUUUUUGUUCUUUUUGGUUCUUUGAUCCCUACAAUUGUCUCCUACACCUACAUCAUCUCCACCAUCCUCAAGAUCCCCUCGGCCUCUGGCCGCAGGAAAGCCUUCUCCACAUGUGCCUCCCACUUCACCUGUGUCGUGAUUGGUUACGGCAGCUGCUUGUUCCUCUACGUGAAGCCCAAGCAGACGCAGGCCGCGGAUUACAACAGAGUUGUUUCCCUGAUGGUUUCCGUGGUCACUCCUUUCCUCAAUCCUUUCAUACUCACUCUCCGGAAUGACAAAUUCAUAGAAGCACUUCGGGACAGAGUGAAACAAUGCUGUCAUCAAUUCAGGAACUAG